UUCGCCCAAAUUCCUAAACAAAACUAACCAGUAAAGAAGAACACUCUCCCACAGUGUCGUUGAGAUCACAAUUUUGAAUCAUCACUUAUCUUUAUUUUUUAUCAUUCAUUUCAUAUCUCUCUCUUUAUGGUUCAAUUUCAUUUCAGCCUCUUACUCUCUUCUUCUUGUUCUUCUUGAAGGUUGCUUUUUUCUGACCGUUAAAAAACUUGUUUGGUGACACCUGAGCUGUUUUCAGUUUUGGUUCUUGAAUCCUUGGAAAGCUGGACACUUUGAUGAGCUUGUGGGAAGCAGUUAGAGGAAAAAACUUAACAAAUGAGCAGUUGGAAGCAAUUCUUUUUCAGAUCUUCUACAUCUAGCGGUGGAAGCAAUAAUGCGCCGAAGUCAACAAAUGAGCAAUUGUCAUGGGAGGUUUAUUCGGAUAGUGGAAUGAAUAAUCAAGCUCACGGCAAAAGUAAGGACAAGGGCUUCUUUUCCAAAUCUAGAAAACAAGCUUCUGAUAGCCAAAGUUCAAGCGGUGGUCCAAAUCUUAGAAGGAGCAGGUCAAUGUCAUCAGCUUCCUUCCAGUUCAAAGAUCCAACUAGAUCUCCUUCAAGCAGCAUUGCUAGUGAUCCGUAUCAUCAGUUUGAUCAUUCGUUUCGUUGCCCGGCUCAAAAUUCUGAAAAGCGGGACAAGCCUACACAAUUUGCAGCAUCCGCUGGCCAAAAUUCCCGGAGAUGCGAGAAACCUGCUAGUAGUUCUUCAAGAUCCCAUCACGAGUCAUCUGGGAACUCUACUUGUUCUAGCAACAUUUCCAGUAUGGUUGUGGAUCGUUACAUUGAUGGAGAGCAGCAGUUGGAGGAAAAUAGGCCCAGGAACAAUUCACAGAGAAAUAGCACUAUGCAUGGAAAUCAUGGCGCGAAGCUUCCUCCAAAAGUUCAACAUACAACACCUAAUUCGCCAACUAGUGGAGUCAAAGACAAACCAAGGGCUCAUUCAUUUAGAGAAGCUAAAGUUAGCCGUCUUCGUCCCUCAUCCCGAGAUUGGACAGAAAAUGGGUUUGAUCAUGAAUAUCCAAGAACUCUUGCAAAAAAUGUCAUAGAGAGACUAAGUCAGACUUGUGAUAUUUCUAAAAGGAGUUCAAAUAAUUUUUCUUUUGAUAAUCCAAUCACAAUCGAAGAUAUCUAUGCUAGAUCUGCGAAUGGAUGCUAUGAAUCUGAUUUCGAGGAUGCUCCAUCAAAAAACUACUCAUUGGAAGAAUCAUACAGAAUGACAAAUGGAUAUCAUGACAUGGACGGUAAUUGUGAUGGUUUAAGCUAUGAUGAACCUGAAGAGGAUCUUGAUGCAGAACUAAUGAGAAGAUCAAAGGAAGCUGAGGAGAGAGUUAUUAUUCUUUCUAAUCAAUUGGAACACGAAAACUUUUUUCCUGACUGCGGUUAUGACGUGAUAACACUGAUUCAGAUAAUCAGGAACCUAGUAGAGGAGAAAAUAAGCUUGGCUGUGGAAGUUUCAACCCAUCUAAGGUCCCAAAUUGCUGACAGAGCAUCUGCCAAGGAAGAACUUCAAUGUGUAAAGACAGAACUGGAGAUUCGGAUUCGAAGACUAGAAAAAGAAAAGAAUGAGAUGCAGUCAGCAUUGGAGAAGGAAUUGGACAGGAGGUCAAGUGACUGGUCAUUAAAACUGGAGAAGUACCAGUUAGAAGAGCAAAGGCUUCGUGAACGAGUUAGAGAGCUUGCAGAGCAGAAUGUAUCGCUUCAAAGGGAAGUCUCUUCUUUUAGUGAGAGGGAAGUGGAAAGCAAAAGUGUAAUGACACAUACUGACCAACAACUCAAGGUGUUGACUGGUAAGACAGAGAAAAUGCAAGGAGAGAUUCUGGGUUUGCAGCAAAACCUCUUAGAACUACAAGACAGAUGCAAGAUAGCUGAAGAAAACAGGGACUGUUUUCGAAGAAAUUUUGAAGAGAAGGAGAAGGAGUGCAAAGAAUUACAGAAGUCCCUUGCCAGAUUACUAAGAACUUGCAAUGAACAAGAGAAGACAAUAAUAGGAUUACAAGAUGGGUUUAGAGAGGACCUUCAAAAGAACCAGUCCGGAGAGAGCAUUGAUAAGCACGUUAAGAAAAUGCAAAUGGAGUUAGUGAGGUUAACAGGAAUAGAAUUGGGCUUGAGAAGGGAGUUGGAAUCACACAAGUUUGAGGCAGACUCUCUUCGCCAAGAAAAUAUAACUCUAUUACACCGGUUGAAAGGUGAUGGGAAAGGAUGUAUUGCUGCUACUUAUAAACUAGACAAAGAACUGUGUGCCCGCAUCUGCUGCCUUCAGAAUCAAGGCCUCACAAUGCUAAACGAAAGCACAUACUUGUGUUCUAAGUUACUGGAAUUCGUUAAAGGGGAAGGAAGCCAUCUUCGGAAAAAUAGGCAGCUCGACCUAGAAAUGAUUGGAAAUGGUUCAGAUCAACAAUUUAUUGUUGAAUCUGAAACCAAAAUUAAUGGAAUCAAAAGUGGUACUGAGGGUUUAACAAGGACUUUGCAGAUGAUGCCUUCUUUGUUGAAAGAAAAGUCAAAUCUUUUGACUUUUAGCUUUCAGCCAGAGUGUACGGACGAUAUGUUAGCUAAAUUGAAUGAUCAAUCAUCCGAGGAUAUUUUGAGAAUUGAGCUUAAAGCAGAGCGCUUGAUAACAAGUUUAUUAAGAGAUAAGCUGUACUCUAAAGAGCUACAAGUUGAGCAGAUGCAAGCUGAACUUGCUACAGCAGUAAGGGGAAACGACAUACUUAGAUCUGAGGUGCAAAACACGUUUGACAACCUUUCAAGUGCGUCACACAAGUUGAAGGACCUUGAACUUCAGAUGUUGAAGAAAGAUGAGAGUAUAAACUGUCUUCAAAGUGAUCUUCAAGAGUCUAGCAGGGAAUUAUCAAUUAUGAGAGGAAUAUUGCCCAAAGUGUCAGAGGAGAGAGAUCAAAUGUGGGAGAAAGUGAAGCAAUGUAGUGAGCAGAAUAUGCUAUUAAACUCAGAGAUCAAUGGACUGAAGGAGAAAAUAGAGACACUUGAUGAAGAUAUACUUGUGAAGGAAGGUCAAAUAACAAUCUUGAAAGACUCCAUUGGAAAAAGACCCUUUGAUGAUCUUCUUGGGAGUCCUGGUUCUAUGCAUGAUUUUUUACUUCGUUGAUUACUACAAACAAAGCUUGUUUGUUUUUCAUAGGUCUAUUUCAUUGUUCAUAGUCACUCAUACCUGUGAAUGAGGGCCAUUUUUUUUUUCUUCUUUAGAUAUUGUUUUUAAAGUUGCUCUUUAUUUUUUUAUAAUCAGUUUCACAGUUUGUUUCUUUUGAAAAGAACAAUAUAGAUUGGACAAAAAAUUCAAAGAAUACAAGGUUUUGUUUUCCUCCA